AUGGCUGUCGCUGAAGCUGCAACUACUAACAGCAAUACCAAGUUUCCCCACACUCGUGCCCUCCUCUCCGCCCUUGCUCGCGAGUACGGGACCGCUGUCCGAGCGCCUGUCAGACCUGCAUCGGAAAAUUCUGAUUCAGAAGCCGACAGUGGUGGCGAAGUUGAUGUUUUCAACAGUGAUCACCUUGUUGCUCAAGUGAUUCAGCUGCUGGACCAAGACGAAGAAGAGAAAGUUGAAGACUUAUUGAAGGAGAGCUUUCGCAUUUCUGAUGAAACUGUGUUGGAGCAGAACGUCUUGGAAUUGAUGCAUAAGCGUCGCGAUGACCUGGCAAAUGUCCCUUUCCUUUUUUUGACGCCGAUUAAGCGCCCGUCACGACCAACAUCGCGAGCAUCCGUCCACUCGACCCGAUCGUCACGCCCGGGUACCCCGAGCCAAUCGCCACUAGCCAUGUCAUUCAGGCGCCCUUCAACACCGCUGGCAUCUCACACCACACUAUCGGGCUCGCCAUCUUCAUCCCCUACACCCGCUCCAUCUCUUCCAACUCCUACCUCCUCGCCGCUGGCCUCGCCUCGGUUCUUGAAUGCUAAGGCCACUGAAUUCAGACCUUCUAUCGUACGCUCCUCCUCUGCAAGUUCGCUACUACGGAGUCAAUCCCCCGAUUUGUGGGCGCACAAUUAUCAGCCUUCUCCGACCCCGUCCGCGUCGCUCGGAAGAGGUUCCUCAAAUUUGGCCAUAGCCGCCCCGCUUAUUCCGAUGCAAUCUGCUCCUCCUGGAGAGCUGGAUAGUGAGGAUGGCGGUCGUACACCACCUAUUCAAAUUCCUCAGGACUCAUCCCGUGCGGCGUUCGAUGUCCUGGACGAUGACGACGACCCCUUCUCGCCAUUUGUAGUGAAGCCACCACCUCACAACCCUCACCCUCUGGCCCUGAGUAAAUCGCCUUCCGAUACUGAGACACAGUGGUCGGCGUCGAGUGUGUCGAAUUCAUCAGCCUCAAACUCAUUUGGAGUCCCUCCCAAUCCUGACGACUAUUAUGGGUAUAAUUCUCAUCUCCAACGAUAUGCUCAGCCCGGUUACUUCGUGUAUGGCGACCCUAACGGGUCUUUCGGGGCAGCGGAAGGUGGCUAUCAUGGAGAAUACAUUGCCGAAGGCGACCUUACACCAUUCGAAAUCCUCUCAAACAUUUUUGGUGAUAGCGUGCCGUCCAGUACGCUCGAAACUGCACUAGCAAGCAGCGGAUACGACUUUGAAGGUGCUAUGGCGUGGCUCGUUGAUCAGGCCCUUCCUCCGCCUCUGCCGGGGACAACACCACAGGGUGGACAGCCAACUCUGCGUUCAAUCGGUGGAGGCGUCAUGCUUGCUUCUCGCGAAGGGCCAUAUGGGCGAAGUGAUACCAAUGGAAAGAAUACGACUGGACGGUUCGCCCCGCCGCCGAAAUCUUCAGGUGCAAGCCGCGUGUGCAGGUACUUCCUUGCAGGGGAUUGUAGAAGGUCUGAUUGCCGCUUCAGCCACGACCUUGAUCGAGCGCUUUGCCGAUUCUGGCUAAAGGGACAGUGCGCUAAGGGAGAGCAGUGUGAGUUCUUGCACACGCUCCCCCAACAUAUUGACGUGCAAGGCAUUACCAAUGCAAUGAAUCGAACUGGUAUCGUCGAUGACCGAGAUCAUGAAGAGACCCGUACUGAAUUUCCUACUCUGGGUGAGAUGCACAAUCGGAGGGCCGGGCCUGGAUUCAAUCGUCCCUUCGAUUCCAGCCGGGUGCGUUUUGCGGCUGCGGUCAAGAAACCCCUUCCCCCUCGUUUACCGUACAACGAAUCAGAAACGGAUUCGACUUUGCAAGGCGCCUCAGGGCCUGUUGUCCCACGCGCAUCGCCACGCAUCCGCUUACGACCCCCAGCACUUGUUCCGACUCUUCCCACAGGAGACAUUUUGAACAAACUCUAUAUGGCUUAUCGGGCACGAGCUAUCGAACUUGGUGCGGCGCGAAAUGCUUGUCUAUCCCGUGCUGCAGAAGCCUGGAGACGAGGUGAUGGCGCUGGUGCUAAACGCCACAGCCGAGAAGCACAAGAGCUCAACGGAAAGAUGGGUCUCGAGGCAGGCAGGGCUGCUGCUCGUCUUGUCCGUGAGCGAGCAACGAUGACUGUGGAGGCUGUAAGGAAUCGUGAUGUUUCGUGGAGUGAUGAUCCCAGCGAUCGGACAGCCCGUGGUAAAAUGUGCGGAGGAGGGCUUGGCGUCUGUCUGGGCGUUGCAUCUUCAAAUGUCGUCCCUGAUAGUAGACUCACUCCCGAGGAGAGAACAGAGGCUUUCUUGGAUCUUCAUGGGCUGCAUUCUAACGAAGCUGUCGAAGUUAUUGAGGAUUUCCUGGUAGCACUUGAAUCCGAGCACUUCUACGGUCUUGCCUACCUCUUUGUGGGAGAAGAGAAACAUACUGGAACUCAAGAUCCCAGUCGUGGUACUUCUCGUGCUCGCCUAGCUGCUGGUGUUCGUGAUUGGCUCUUCAAAUGGGGCUACGCUUGGUCUGAGCGUGACGGCGUCAUCUGCGUUGAUCCUCUCGUUCAUUCGCAAUAG